AUGUCUGGUUCUACAUUAGUUGAAUCUGAAGUUUGUUCUUCAACUACUACUUUGACCGAUUUAUCCCCUAUUAACAGUACCACUCCAUCUACUUCUGCUCUUAUCUCCACUACCAAUACCAUAAACUCAAAACCGGUAGCUAGGUUAAAUAAUGAGGCAUUGACUGCUUUACUAGAAACAUUCAAACAUGAUCCUAACCUACAUACUCUUCCACAUCAAUCUGACCAUAUUGGUAUUUUUAAUACAUUAAAACAACGUAUCAAUUCUAUUAAUGAUGAUACAUGUUCCCCUGGUGAAGAAAACUCCUUUUUUGUUUGUGAUAUGAAGGAAUUACGUAACUUAUACAAGAAUUGGAAAGUGGAAUUACCUCGUGUUCAACCACACUAUGCAGUGAAAUGUAACCCACAGCCUGAAUUAUUAAAAGUUCUAGCUUCCCUCGGUGUUAACUUUGAUUGUGCUUCUAAGAGAGAAAUUGAUACAAUUUUGAAAUUAGGUAUUGAGCCACACAGAAUCAUCUAUGCAAACCCAUGCAAGGUUGGAUCUCAUAUCAGAUAUGCUCAACAAAAUGGUGUAGAAAUGACCACGUUCGAUAAUGCUGAAGAAUUACAUAAGAUUAAAAAAUUCCAUCCAUCAGCCAAACUAUUCCUUCGGAUUGCUACUGAUGAUACUACUGCACAAUGCCGGCUAUCUACAAAAUUUGGUGCCCAUUUAUCUGCCAUACCAGAGUUAUUACAAACAGUUAAAGACCUGGAAUUAAAUCUUGUUGGUGUUAGUUUCCAUGUUGGCUCGGGUGCAUCCGAUUUUAGUUCCUUAUAUAAAGCAACCAGAGAUGCUCGUUGGGUUUUUGAUAUUGCUGUUAAUGAAUUUGGUCUACCACCUUUAAAGACCUUGGAUGUAGGUGGUGGUUUCCAAUUAACUUCCUUCCAAGAGUCCAGUAAAGUUUUAAGAUUAUCUUUGGAUGAAUUCUUCCCAGAAAAUUGUGGCGUUAAUAUCAUUGCUGAACCAGGAAGAUAUUUUGCAGAAACAACCUUAACUUUAGCCACACACAUCAUCGCCAAACGUAAGAUUGACAACGAUCAGGCUAUGAUCUAUAUUAAUGACGGUGUCUAUGGUAAUUUAAAUUGUAUCCUUUUCGAUCACCAAGAACCAACACCAAGAAUCUUAUACAGUAAUAACAAGUUCCACUAUGAUGACUUUAAUUCUACUUCCGCUGUACCAACCCCUUCCCACCCAUAUAAAGUAUCCAUUUGGGGUCCAACAUGCGACGGUUUAGAUUGUAUCACUAAGGAAUAUUACAUGCGCCAUGACCUUGUUGUUGGAGAUUGGUUAUAUUUUCCAAAUUUAGGAGCAUAUACUUCUUCUGCUGCUACUCCAUUUAAUGGAUUUGAUCAACAUGUUGAUACGAUUAUUAUCAAUGAAGAUCUUUGA